AUGGAUAAUGGAAUGGAAUAUAUCAACGAUUUAAUAAAUCGUUAUGUCUAUGUAGAUCGUAAUUUUACAAAUACUUCUAUUACUAACACUACACCAUCUGAAGGAUCUGAUGUUGAUGAUAGUGACGAAGAACAACGACAACAUCAUGAUCCAGAAAAUUCAGAACCCGCCAGCGAAACUGAUAGUCUAAAACCAAUUCAAUUUAAACAAUCCGAUUCUGAGAUGGUCGAUCAUAGUAAGAAAGAAAAUAUCGCAAGCGAAACUGAUAGUGUAAAACCAAUUCAAUUUGAACAAUCCGAUUCUGAGACGGUCGAUAAUAGUAAAAAAGAAAAUAUCGCCAGCGAAACUGAUAGUGUAAAACCGAUUCAAUUUAAUCAAUCCGAUUCUGAGACGGUCGAUCAUAGUAAGAAAUUAAAUACCUUAAAUGUUGGUGAUCAAAGUGAUUAUGACUCAUCCAAUGAAAACACUAAAUUUAAAGAAUCUGAUAAAGGAAAUGAUACAAAAGAUUUUAAAACAGAAAAGAAAGGUAAAAAAAGUUCACCUCCUAAAAUUAUUCCUAAAUCUGACGAAAAUGAUAAUGAUAAUGAAAUUGUAACAAAAGUAGUAGUACCUACAUCAACGAUUGAACAAGGUGCCACUUUAACAAAAUCAAUUUCUGAAAGUUCUACGUUGAACGAUUCAAAUGAAUCAAAUUCUAGUAAUACUGAAACCGCUGUCAUUAGUGAUCAAGAAGAAAAUUAUCCUGAAAUUAAUGAGAAACGAUUAUCAUCUAAAAUUGUUGAGAAUAUUGAGAAUGGAGGUGAUGAGAUUAAGAAAAAUGAAAUAUCCGAAGUUGAUUGA